UGUUGUGUGGGGGAGCUGUGGCCCCCCGCUGGAGCCAGCCAGUCCACAGGUCCAGUCAAACGGUCAGCUGUCGACCAGGAACAUACAAAGACCAGAGAGAAGAGUUAGCAUGUGUGAUCUGUCCAGUAGGACAUUAUUGUGUGGGAGGUGUAUCUUUACCCUGUCCUGCAGGGACUUAUGGCCCUAAUGAAGGUCUGCAGAGGCUGCGAGACUGCACAAUCUGUCCUGCAGGGUUUUACUGUCUGGAAGGCAGUUCACGGAGACCCACCUCCCAGUUCCUCUGCACACAAGGAUAUUACUGUGAGGAGGGCACCGUCACCCCUAAUGGGUCACCUUGCCCUGCUGGUACAGCGGGAGAACAAAUGGGUCAGACAAGUAGGGCAGCCUGCAAGAGAUGUAGGGAAGGACGCUUCUGUCCUGCAGGCUCAUCAGGUCCUGGCUUGCCGUGUGCUCGGGGGAGAUACUGUCCUGCUGGCACCUUGGAAGAAGUGAUUUGUCCUCGAGGCACCUUUACCCCUCAUCAAGGAGCCAUAAGUGUGAAGGACUGUCUCAAAUGCCCUGCGGGUUUUUACUGUCCUAAGGGGAGAAGCGACCCUGUGCCCUGUCCACCAGGCUCCUUUAACCCCUUAGAGGGUCAGGAUGAGUUGGCUGAUUGCAGGGAGUGCUAUGCAGGGAAGGCCUGCACACAGGUAGCCCUGAAAGCCCCAGAUGUGGUCUGCAUGCAAGGAUUUGUGUGUCCCCCUGGUUCUUCUCAACCCAACGCACCAACCAAUGCCUGCCCACCAGGGACACUGAGCAAUCGCUCUGACCUCACUGAUCGCUCACAGUGUCAGCAGUGUCCGGCUCGAUAUGCCUGUCUUCGAGGUACUGGUGGUAUCCACAGACCACCACUCUUCUGCUUUGCAGGACACUAUUGUCCCUCUGGAACUAUGUUCCCCACCCAGCACAAGUGUCCUGUGGGAACAUGGAGUGUUCAUGGUGGCCUGGAAGCUGAAAGUGAGUGCCUGCCAUGCCCACAGGGCUGGUAUUGUUUGGCUGGAUCCUCAUCUCCGUCAGGUCGAUGCAGCUCUGGACACUACUGCCCUGACGGGACUGCAUACGGCACCCAGUUUCCUUGCCCUGCGGGGACCUACAGCAUCCACAUUGGCAACCGAUAUAGAGAAGAUUGCCUGAUAUGUCCUGAAGGCUCUUUCUGUCAAAAAGGCACCUCCAAACCUUCACCCUGCCCACUAUCCACAUUUCGCCAUCUGAAAGGAGGUCGGAGGCAGGAGGACUGCUCUGCUUGCCCUGCUGGCUAUUUUUGUCCCCACUCAGCCACUGUCAACCCCAGAGUGUGUGGAGCUGGAAGCUACUCUGAUGAGGGCUCUGUGGAGUGUUCUCCGUGCCUGCAGGGCCACUACUGCAGUGAUGAGACUACCAGUGAGGAAGCCAUGUUAAGCAUCAUGGUGUGCCCCCCAGGCUUUCUCUGCUCUCAGGGUUUAGCCCGAGACCCCCAGCGCUCAGCCACACUUUGUCCUCGAGGGUUCUUCUGUCCAGGGGGAGGCAUUGAUCCCAACCCCAUUCCUUGCACCAAUGGUACCUAUGGUGAGUUUCCUGGUCUGCAGGAUGCUAGCGAAUGUGAUCAGUGUCCGGAGGGGAAGUACUGUUAUUCCCAGGAGCCGCAGGAGCAGCCUAUUACAAGGCCUGGCUUUCACUGUCCGGAGGGCACUUAUGCUCCCGAACCUUGCCCUGAAGGAACCUACAGCUCACGCCCAGCUCUCAGUAAUGGGUCUGAGUGCUCCUCUUGUGGCGGAGGACAGUAUUGCUCCAGUGUGGGACUCUCAGAGCCCUCCGGAAACUGUAAAGAGCGCUUCUACUGUAGAGAGGGAGCCAAAUCUGCAACUCCUGCGGAUGGGCCGACAGGAGGAUUGUGCCCAGCAGGAAGUUACUGUCCUCCUGCUUCGUCCUCUCCACUGCCCUGUCCACCCGGCACCUUCAGCAACAAUACCGGUCUCAGCAGACCUGAAGAGUGUGUCAGCUGUCCGCCAGGUUUCUAUUGUUUAGGUUCCAACAACACCUCCCCUUCAGGUCAAUGUUUUCCUGGUUUCUACUGUACUGGUGGCUCAGCGUCCCCUGUUCAGAGUGAAGCAGAGGAAGGUUAUUAUACCUUGGAGAGGGCAGCGAGGCAACAGCCAUGUCCUCUUGGCACUUAUCAGCCGCGUCGAGGUGCACAGUCAUGUGUAGAGUGUCAGGGAGGCAGACUGUGUAACCAGGCAGCCUUGUCCCACCCACCACUGUGUCCCACAGGACACUUCUGUCCCCGGGGUAUUCUGCUGCUCAACCCUGUCCUCCAGGCUCUUACUCUGACCGGCCUGGUGGUGAUGCUGUGCACCACUGUCGGCCGUGCGAGGCUGGAUGGUUCUGCAGCCGAGCCGGACUUUCUGAGCCUCAGGGUCUCUGUGCCCGGGACACUACUGCACCUCUGGAGCCUACACUGCCUCUCCAGUGGCUUUGGCGUCUGGAGGAGUUUGUUCUGCAGGCUACAUCUGCCCACGAGGGACAGCUUACCCACAGCAGCACCCCUGCCCAGCAGGAACCUGGAGCAGCACUGUGGGUGCCCAAAACAUGUCUUCCUGCUGGCCCUGCCCUCCAGGACUCUACUGCAACAAUACAGGACUCAGCAAGCCCUCAGGACUUUGUGA